AUGGUGAACGAAGAUCACCCGCCCCAGCAAUCCCAGAGUCCCUCGCAGAAGCCUAAACCUCUCGACGAUGCUAUACUUGAAGAGUUCUACAAAUACGUCAAUGCCCUUGUGCCGACAGAAAUUCCCAAAGACAAACGACUCGAGAAAUGGACCAAGGUCAGAGUCGGAGAUCUCUUGGAAGUCGGAUUCCUGGAUGAAUUUGUCUUCCAAGGGCAACGUACUCCCUACCGGGAACUGAUGGAGAGUGCGCAUUCAGAGAGAAUCGACGAAGAAUGUGCACAUGAGACAGAGUUCAGCAAGGUGCUGUUUCCCGAAUUGCGCCGUCCGGAAACCUUUUCGCGCACAGAUCUGCCGAAGAGGAAUCAGGUAGACUUGGCUCGCGGUCGCAUGAACACGUACUGUUUUCAGCACCAGCACUGGAAGCUCGAUCGCACCCUUGAUCGUUUCCUUAUUUCCAUGAGUCCUUGGAAGUCUUCGAAACAUAGAUGGGAGAGGACGGGGUCGGACCGAGGAUAG